UCGCGAUAUUAGGCCUGACGAGACUUCCGGACGUUCUUUUCCACUGGAACAUCAGGCAAGAUGGCGGACACCGAGGUCAAAAAGAAGCGUACCUUCAGGAAGUUCACCUACAGAGGUGUGGACCUGGACCAGCUUUUGGACAUGUCUUACGAACAGCUGAUGCAGCUGUUCUGUGCUCGCCAGAGGAGGAGGCUGAACCGUGGCCUCCGCCGCAAGCACCAGUCCCUCCUCAAGCGCCUGCGCAAGGCUAAGAAGGAGGCUCCUCCUCUGGAGAAACCAGAGGUGGUGAAGACUCACCUGAGAGACAUGGUCAUUCUUCCAGAGAUGGUUGGCUCCAUGGUUGGUGUGUACAACGGCAAGACGUUCAACCAGGUUGAAAUCAAGCCUGAGAUGUGUGGUCACUACUUGGGAGAGUUUUCCAUCACCUACAAACCAGUCAAGCACGGUCGCCCUGGUAUCGGAGCCACACACUCUUCUCGUUUCAUCCCUCUGAAGUAAAAUGGCUGUAUCGUUUGUAUAAAUAAAUAAAAAAUUGGAGUUUCCAUUCAA